AAUAUUGUUGUAUCGAAAUCCUAAUAAUACUUCAAAUCAUAAUAUCCGAGAGAACCUUAUGGAGAAUCAAAAGGCGAAAUUAAUCUUCAAACGCCGGAACUAGACCUAAGAAUGCAGAUCUGCUAAGUUCUUUUAUCGCAGUAAUCACGUUGGACUAUUCACGCUGCUGGCCUUGAAGGAACGUGGUGUUUCAAGUACAUGUCACGAUGAGCAUUGGUGAUAUGGAGGAUGAUCAGAUUACAGAAGCAAGUUCAAAUCACAGUGAAAAUGGAGACACAUCAAAUGAAAUGAUGGAAGUUGAUGAAUGCCAUGUGAAAAAUGAAGUAUACAUUCCAGGUCGUUCACGGCCUCUUGAGGAUGAUGAAGAGUUGAUUAUGGACAAAAGUGCCUACAGAAUGUUUUUCGAGCUAGAAGUGGAGUACUCCAGCCUUAGCUUCGAUAUUUUGACUGAUAAUAUGGGUUCAGAUCGUCGCGUUGAGGUUAAUGGUGGUGCUCACAGUGCUUGUAUGAUAGCUGGAACACAGGCAUCUCAAGGUAGUCAAAACAAACUGAUCGUUAUGAAGCUGUGCAAUAUGAUUCCAUUCAAAAGAAAGGAGUCUACGGACGAAGGUCAAUCGAGUUCCGAAGAUGAAAGUGAUUCUGAUGAGGAGGAUUUGGAUGCGCAACCUGAUGUCGAAGCUGCAACCAUCUUGCACCACGGUACAGUUAACCGAGUUCGGGCCAAACGACAGAAGGGCCGCUAUCUGGCUGCAUCGUGGUCAGAAAAUGGAAUGGUUUUCAUUUGGGACUUAACCAGGCCUCUUACAGCUGUAAAUGACUCAGCUGUUAUGGCAGAGUAUACUCGUCACGAUGAAUCUCCUUCACCACUAUUUACAUUUAAAGGUCAUAAAACAGAAGGCUUUGCUUUAGAUUGGAGUUCUCAUACUAACGCCGAAGGACAUUUGGUCACAGGAGAUUGUAACGGUUGCAUUUAUCACUGGAAACCUCGGUCGUCUGACUGGGCUGUAUCUAAAAGACCAUUUACUGCACACACAGAUUCCGUUGAGGAUAUUCAAUGGUCUCCUACAGAGCCAACUGUGUUUAUCUCUGUUUCUUCUGAUCGGAGUUUACGUGUUUGGGAUGUUCGCGUUCCAGAGUGUAAUAAAAGUGUGCUUUGUGUUCCUGAAGCGCAUUCUGCUGAUAUAAAUGUUGCUUCUUGGAGUCACCUGAAACCUAUUAAUUUACUAACUGGAGGAGACGAUGGCACUUUAAAGAUAUGGGAUUUGCGAUUAAUUCAUUCCAACGCCUCUCAGAAGUCAAAAGGUUCAUCGAUUCGUGCUUAUACGCAUUUAUUUGAUUAUCAUAAGAAACCGAUAACAUCUGUGGAAUGGCAUCCGAAUGAUGCUGGUGUUUUCGUGGCUACAUGUGAAGAUGAUCAAGCUAGUUUUUGGGAUAUCACAUUAGAGCAAUCUGAACAAGAAGUGAAGCAGUCGGGUGAAUCAGGUACAAGUCAUGAAACGGGUGGAGAUGAUUUAGAUAUCCCUGUUCAACUGUUAUUCAUUCACAGUGGACAAAAAGAGUUAAAAGAAGCACACUGGCAUCCACAAAUACCAGGUCUGGUAUUUACAACAGCUUUGGAUGGUUAUAAUGUCUUUCGUACUUGUAACAUAUGAAAUUUUUACCUUACUGAUGUCUAAAUACAUUAUUCUUUCUUUGA